AGUCUCGGGCGCCUCGUCACAAGUGCUGCAGUAGGCAGUAGAGAUGGUCGCCCUCGCGAUCGCGUUUGCUGGACUGUUCGCAUUUUUUUUGCUGAUGGCCAGGCUGGGGAAAGCUGAUAACGAACUGACGCUGCAAGCUCGGCUGAGUCCCUGCGAGCUCAUCAAGUACCACGGCUACCCCUGCCAGCUCAGCUACGUGACCACGGAUGAUGGGUACGUGCUCGAAUUGGACCACAUUCCUCAUGGUCGCGAGGGUAGCCCGUCGAGUGCCUACAACCUGAGGACGCCUCGUUACCCUGUACUCCUGCUGCCCGUCUUCACGAGCGCGUCCGAUAUGUGGUUCCUGAACUACCCGUCGCAAAGUCCUGGAUUCCUGCUAGUGGACAGGGGCUUUGACGUGUGGUCCAUGAACUCGAGAGAAGCGAAGCUGUACUCAAACCAUACGAACAUGUCUCAAGACGACCACCGCUACUGGAGAUGGAGCUUCGACGAGAUCGGACGUUACGACGUGGCAGCCUGCGUGGACCACGUUCUCGAGGCGACCGGCGCCCCCAAGCUCACGAUAAUGGCGCUGUCCCAGGGUGUGACCAUAACUCUGGUCUUGCUGUCAACGCGACCGGAGUACAACGAAAAGGUCGACCUUGUCAUCGGAUAUGGUCCCGUGGCGAACAUCACACACUCUGGCCAGCCUAUAUCCGUGGCCAUGCCACUGUUACCACCUGUGCUGUUGGCGCUUGAUCCUUUCUCCAGGGGAGCUUACCUGGGGGCAAGUGACGGUCUUCAGCGGCUCGUCUCGAAACUCUGCGUGGCCGUCACCGGCCGUUUGUGCUCGGCUGCGAUGACCAUAACGCACCUGGGUAGUCCUGCGCAGGUUAAUAAGACUCGGGUGCCAGUGUAUGUCGGACACUGGCCCAGGGGUACGUCCAUACAAAACAUGCGCCACUACCACCAGAUGUACAAAGCGAAAAACUUCAUCAUGUACGACCAUGGCAUGUUGGAAAAUCACCUGCGUUACGGCCAGUUGAGGCCACCAGCCUACCCACUCGAGCUCAUCAAGACCCCCUUGGCUUUAUUUUCAUCGGAAGGAGACUUGGUGGCUAACACCCGUGACGUGGCAGACUUGGUGGCCAGACUAGGGUCGAACGUGAUUUCGCAUAUCGUGGUACCCCAGAGAGACUUCGGCCAUGCGGACUUCGUCGCGGGAUUCAAUGCCACAGAAAAUUUACACGACGUCGCCAUCGAUAUGAUCCAACAGCACGUUCAGAAGGGUCGUAUGAAACGGCCUGCGUCGGAGGACGAGAACCUAAUCUUACCUUCACCUUACCGACAUCUUUGCAGAGAGAACCAGUGUUCGGGCUACGAGCGUUGACCAUAGACUUCUGUGGCGCACGUGGACAUCUCGAUCGAGUGACAGUUUGGUGCUUUCUUAAGGGUAUAAAGUAAAGCAAAAGCGUAACCAUCACUAAAUACACGUAGGAAACACACGUCCCAUACGCUUGGCCCCUGUUGUGGCUUUCAUGCAAUGCAAUGAUGGUUGUUUCUGGAGGCAGAUGAAUGAGGCGGCGAGCCCCUGCUAGUGCGAGUGGCGUCGUAGUGAGUUAAAGAGUAAUAACACUGACAUAUGGGCUAGCUAGUUGAAAUAUAUAUUUGAACGGCCCCAGAAACCGCACACGUAAACCGUUCUCGAAUACCUGACUACAAUACUCCCUGACGCUAGUUACAAGUUGACAACGUGCCAUCAGCUUACACUACCUCUAUCCUACACUACCAACGAUCUGACUGCGAGAUACCUAGCACAGUGUGACAACAGGAACGUUGUCAAAAACGGGAUACUGAGAACACGCGUGUUUUACCAUAGUAACGUUGUGACGGAGAAGUGACCACAAGCCUGUUUUUAAAACGUGUGAUCGCAUAUUUAUCGCAGCAACAUCACGAAAUGAAAUGCGCUUGUAGUGUUGUGUUUCACUGCCACGUUGGCGAUUUAAUAAAAGUCGGACAA